UGAAGUUCCGGUUGCUUACAUUGUGAAAAAUAACAUUUUGCACACUCUUUCCUUUCUAUCGUUUUCUGGCAUUAACUAAACUAAGUAAGGAGCGAGUUUGCAGGGUUCUUCAGAAGACUAGACACUUAAUACGGGACUGAGAAGUCGUCCGGAAAGAUGAAUUUCUUCAGGGGAGUGAUGGGCGGACAGGCAGCCGGGCCGCAGCCGACCGGAGCGGAGACGAUUCAGAAGUUAUGUGAUCGGGUGGCCUCCUCUACUCUCCUGGACGACCGCAGGGAUGCUGUUCGGGCUCUGAAAUCUCUCUCUAAGAAAUAUCGUAUGGAAGUUGGCAAUCAGGCAAUGGACCACUUGAUUCAUGUCCUUCAAACUGACAGAUCUGACAUUGAAAUCCUUGGCUAUGCUUUGGACACGCUGUACAAUAUCAUCUGUAAUGACGAGGAAGAAGAGCAAGAUGAAUCAGAAGAUGAAAAUGCCCAGAAGCAAGCAGAUGACUUAGGUGCUCAGUUCACAGAGAAGUUCAUCCAGGACCCUGAGCAUGUGACCCUGCUUCUCACUGUGUUGGAGGAGUUUGACUUCCGUGUACGCUGGCCUGGGGUCAAGUUGUUGACUGCGCUCCUGAAAAACCAGGGGGCCCAAGUGCAGGGAGUUAUUCUGGUCAGCCCUAUGGGGGUUUCCAGACUAAUGGACUUGCUGGCAGACUCUAGAGAAGUGAUUCGCAAUGAUGGUUUGCUGCUGCUUCAACAGCUGACCAAAGGCAAUGCUGCAAUUCAAAAAAUCGUGGCAUUUGAGAAUGCAUUUGAACGUCUCUUAGAUAUCAUCACAGAAGAAGGCAGCAGUGAUGGCGGUAUUGUGGUGGAAGAUUGUCUACUGCUGCUGCUUAACUUGCUAAAGAACAACAGUUCAAAUCAGAACUUUUUUAAGGAGGGGUCCUACAUCCAAAGAAUGAAGCCCUGGUUUGAGGUUGGAGAUGAUAAUUCUGGUUGGUCUGCUCAAAAGGUCACCAACCUCCACCUCAUGCUGCAGUUGGUGAGAGUCAUGGUGUCUCCAGUAAAUUCUCCGGGAGCUACAGCCAGCUGUCAGAAGUCCAUGUACCAGUGCGGGCUGCUGCAGCAGCUAUGCACCAUCCUCAUGGCCACCGGUGUGCCCGCUGACAUUCUCACUGAGACCAUCAAUACUGUAUCAGAAGUUAUCAGGGGAUCACAGGUCAACCAGGACUACUUUGCAUCUGUCAAUGCUCCUUCAAACCCACCAAGACCAGCCAUUGUGGUGCUGCUCAUGUCCAUGGUCAACGAGAGGCAACCAUUUGUGCUUCGCUGUGCAGUUCUCUACUGUUUCCAGUGUUUCCUCUACAAAAACCAGAAAGGGCAGGGCGAGAUCGUGGCUACACUAUUGCCCUCCACAAUUGAUGCCACCUCAAUUUCAGCAGGUCAGCUGUUGUGUGGAGGCUUGUUCUCAGCAGACUCCCUGUCCAACUGGUGUGCCGCUGUUGCCUUGGCUCAUGCCCUGCAGGACAACCUGACCCAAAAGGAGCAGCUGCUGAGGGUUCAACUCGCCACCAGCCUCGGCAACCCUCCCGUCUCCCUGCUGCAGCAGUGCACCAACAUUCUCUCACAGGGCAGUAAAGUCCAGACCAGAGUGGGCCUCUUGAUGUUACUAUGCACAUGGAUCAGCAACUGUCCCAUUGCUGUCACACACUUUCUACACAAUCAGGAAAAUGUUCCUUUUCUGACAGGCCAGAUAUCAGAGAACCUGGGAGAGGACGAGAGGCUGGUUCAGGGCCUGUGUGCGCUGCUCCUCGGCAUCUGCAUCUAUUUCAAUGACAACUCCCUGGAGAACUACACCAAAGAGAAGCUAAAGCAGCUGGUUGAGAAACGCAUUGGAAAGGAGAACUUUGUAGAGAAACUGGGCUUCAUCACUAAGCAUGAGCUGUACUCGCGGGCAUCCCAGAAGCCCCAGCCCGUCUUCCCGUCUCCAGAGCAGAUGUUGUUUGACCACGAGUUCACCAAGCUGGUUAAAGAGCUUGAGGGUGUGAUAACCAAAGCCGUUCACAAGUCGAGUGAAGAGGAGAAGAAGGAAGAGGAGGUGAAAAAGUCAUUGGAGCAACACGACAACAUAGUAACUCAGUACAAAGAGCUGAUCCGAGAGCAGGAUGCACAAGUCAAUGAGCUGAAAGAGCAGGUAGCCUCUUUGUCCUCUCAGAAUGAACAGCUGCAAACUACAAUCACCCAGCAGCUGUGUCAGAUCCAGCAGCACAAAGACCAGUACAACAUCCUCAAGCUGAAAGUAGGUAAAGAAAACCAGAGUCAAGCUAACGGCCAGGUGGACACUUCCCAGGUGAACGGGCUGCAAACAGAGGAGCUCACACAACUUCGAGAAGAGGUGGAGGAGCUCCACAAGCAACACGCACUACUUCAGACACAGCUCAGUGACAAAGACGCACUCAUCAACAUCCUGAGGUCAGAAGCUGCACAGACAGCAGAGGGUACAGCAGGAUCGUCUGACACCACAGAAGUGCUUAAGGAGCUGGAAGCUCUAAGGAGUCAAGUCCAAACCCAGCUGGCUGAGAUCAACCAGCUGAAGACGGAGAGACAAGAACUGCUCAGAUCAGUGGAAGCUGGGUCUUUGGACACAGCCACCAGUGGUGACAGUUCAUCAGACACAGUCAAGUUGGCAGAGCUCGAGAGUAGACUUGCAGCACAGGUGUCUGAAACGGAAAGACACAAGGAUGAGGCAAGGAGCCUGUCUGGGAGCCGGGCAGAGCUGGAGCAGCAGCUGGCAUCGGCCACCAGCACGGUCGCCAUCCUGCAGGCAGAGAAAACAAAACUACAAACAGAGGUGCAAGAGUCCAAAAAGGAGCAGGAUGACCUGCUAAUGCUGCUGGCAGACCAGGACCAGAAGAUCCUUAGCCUUAAAAAAAGACUCAAAGAGCUGGGAGAGCCGGUUGAAGAUGAAGAUUAUCUUGAUACCAGGGACCAAACAGAUGAGGAGGAGGAGGAGGAAGAGGAUGAAAACUAGAUUAACACUGAUGGAAGAAUUAUGAGAAUUUAUCUUCCCGCAGGCAAGAAAAGACUACUGAAACACACUUGAGAAACUGAAGGAUAAGACUGGUGGUGAAACGGUUUCUGUGUCUGGCUGCCAUACUCUGAUUUUUCGUUACUUGCCUUUGCAUCUUCUGUCUGUUAGUUUGGUUGUCUCUUUUUUUUUUUCUUCUUCUUCUUUUUUGAAGGAUUGAGUUCUUUUGAUGCUACAACAAAGCUAAGUGUUCCCCUCAGUGUGUUCAUCUCCGCUAUCGUCAUCACAGUAUGAAUGAUUUUACCAGUUUGCUUUUAUUAUAAUGCAUUGUCAUGUAGUUUGUAACCCCUAAAGACACUGUUAAUUUUAACAUGGGCCAUCUGUU